UAUCUCCACAUCAACAGACAUCUCAACCUGUACAGACAUCUCAACCUGUACAGACAUCUCAAUCUGUACAGACAUCUCAACCUGUAGUGUAUAGCAUUCAACAAAGUCCAAUAAUUAUUUCUACCAUACCAGAAAAUUUUUACUUCAAUGAUAUCAUUGAUUGGUCAGAUUCGUCACCACGUUCUCUUGAGCCUAGAGAUGACUAUGAGAUAGAAAUGCUCAAGGACAGAUUAAACCUCCUCCUGGCUUAUUUCGAUAAUGGAAAUUUUCCAUUUGUUCCAUGUCAUGCUCAUGAUGUACCUAGGAUGUUCGUUUCUAAGUCUGGAAGAACUAUGAUGUCUCUGCAACUCUGUAAUCAUUAUUCAACCUAUAAUGUAAUAGUUAUAGAUUAA